CUGGUCAGCUGGUUAGUCUCUGCCAUAGAUCCAUGGUCUCUGCUAGUGUUCAGGUCGCGGGUUCUGCGGGAAAUGCUACACGUAUCUGCGUCCUGGACUCUUCUCUUUCUUCUUUCUUUCUCCCGGACGAGGAAACGGACCGCGUUUGUUCAGGUGGCCGGUACCGGACUGCUAGCCUAGCCGCCUAGCCGCUCAGGUGAGCUGUGUUUACCAGUACAGCGGAGCACCAUGGCGGGAGGCAUCACCGACACCGGAGACCCCUACUCCCCUUUCGUGGGGGUGGUCUACAUGUUCAACCUGAUCGUGGGGACCGGCGCUCUCACGAUGCCCAAAGCCUUCGCCACCGCGGGUUGGGGGGUCGGGUUGGCGCUCAUCUCCAUCCUGGGGUUCAUGAGCUACAUGACGACGACCUUCGUCAUCGAGGCGAUGGCGGCGGCCAACGCUCAGCUUCGCUGGAAGAGACGAGAGCAGGAAGAGACCGACAGCGACUCCUCCGAGUAUUCGGACGAUGACGCCGGGGGCCGAGGCCGCGGGGAACCGGAGACCAAGCCCAUCUUGUCUGUUCAGCGGGCGGGCCACGUGGACCACUUCGACAUCGUGGAGCGGGUGGAGAUGGGGCAGAUGGCCUCCAUGUUCUUCAACAAAGGGUGA